GAUUUCUACGUAAAAUUCAAAGUUUAAAGUAAAUUAUAAGUGCUAAUACAUCCGUUCUCAAUGCCCUACAUUUUGAUCAGAGGUAACCUCGCAUCAUAUGGGCAUAAAAACCCUUGGCGUGUUUUGGUAUCCGGCUUGAAAGCUGGCGAUAUAGAGCAGCUAAAACGCUUCGCAUGUGGUGGAUACUGCGACGAUUCCACUAUUGUCUACUUACAGCAUCCUUGUGUUAUCCUCAGUGCAUUAGAGGUAUUGGGUUACAAAGUCGUAGCUUCCAGUUCAACUGCUGUUAAACAGGACUACAAUGAAUACAUGUGGACUAUGAGAAAGGAAUUCUCUGAGCCGGAGCCAUCUAUCAUUGUUGAGCAGGAUAAUUACACAAAUUUUAACAAAGAGGCUAUGCACUUGGGCAACUAUCAGACUCCUGCGAAAGACGACGAAGUUUAA